AUUAUUUAAGGAGAAGAAGAAAGUAUGUCCCAACGCUUUUACUCACAUACGUAAUUUUUUCGCAGUGUAUCAAUUUUCUUCCUCUUCAACCUCCACACUUCAAAUUAGGGUUUUCAAUUUCUCAAUUUCAUCGAUCCACAUUCUUCUACGGUCUACGCUAUCGCGAUGGGAAGCAAAGGCCGCAUGCCACCACCACAGCAUCUCCGGCGACCGCAUCCGCUGGGUCCUGUUAUGCUUCACCACGAACCACCAGGUCCUGUAAUGCACCACGGGCUUCCUCCCGGUCCAUUUGACCUUAUGCCACCACCACAAGUGAUGGAACAGAAACUGGCGUCACAGCACGGUGAAAUGCAGCGGUUGGCUACUGAGAAUCAGAGACUCGCUGCCACACACGGUGUUUUAAGACAGGAGCUUGCAGGGGCACAGCAUGAGCUGCAGAUGCUUCACGCGCAUGUUGGGUCACUUAAGGCGGAUAGGGAGCAGCAAAUGAGGGGGGUGAUCGAUAAGAUUGCAAAGAUGGAGGCGGAGUUGAAGAAGGCUGAACCGUUGAAGAUGGAGCUGCAGCAGGCGCGUGGGGAGGCUCAAAAUUUGGUGGUUGCGAGGGAUGAGCUUAUGGCGAAAGCUCAACAUUUAAAUCAGGAGAUUCAGAGGGUUCAUGCUGAUGUGCAGCAGAUUCCUGCUCUUAUAUCGGAGCUUGAUCGUCUUAGACAGGAGUAUCAGCACUGCAGGGCCACUUAUGACUAUGAAAAGAAAUUAUACAAUGACCACCUUGAGUCACUUCAGGUGAUGGAAAAGAACUAUGUUUCUAUGAGUAGGGAAGUGGAGAAACUUCGAGCAGAGCUUACAAACACGGCUAACAUUGAUCGAAUUAGUGGGCCAUAUGGUGGCACCUCUGCAACUAAUAAUAACGAGGCUUCUGGUCUUCCUGUUGGACAAAAUGCAUAUGAAGAUGGUUAUGCUGCUGCGCAGGGACGUGGUUCUCAACCUACUGCUAGUGGUGGCGGCGGCAGUGCUACUACAACUGCUCCUGCUGGAGCUCAACCUGGUCCAGCUUCUGCUGGGACUGGUUAUGAGGCUCCCAGAGGAGGGCCCGGUUACAUUGCAUCAGCAGGGCCUACUUACAGCACACAGAGCGCUUCUACUUAUGACCCACAGAGGUCGACUGGUUACGAUGCAUUUAGAGGAUCUGCUUACGAUACAAUGAGAGGACAAAUGUUUGACGCUCAAAGAACGGGCUAUGAUCCACAAAGAGGUAUGGGUUAUGAAGCACAGAGAGGACCUGCUUAUGAUCCAUCAAGAGCAGCAGCUGGCUAUGAUGCACAAUCAAGAGGUGUUGCUGGUCCACAGGGACAAGUUCCUCCGAUGAACAUCAUGCAGUAUGGGUCCACUACACCUCCUACUCGUAAUGUAGGCGGUGGUGGAUACGAUGCUGCUCGAGGUGUAAACCCUGCUAGGAGAUGAGAUUGAGUUUUGAAAUGCCAUGCCAAUCAUAUAUAUGGUCACUCAAGUCAGAUAGGAUCUGAAUGUGUGGAUCUUUCUGUCUAGUGCUACUUGAGAGUAAAUCUCAUGAAAGUAUCAAUCGACAUCUAUCUUUGUGUGUGAAGCAAUCAACACCUAUGUAUUUCUAUAUCUUCCUUUUAACUUGUAAUUUAUAUAAUUUCGGAAGACGUGUAACUCCUAUAUUAAAGAAAAUGAUUGAUCUUAUGCAAAUUAAUUAACUUCUCCUUCCAACUAGAGACUCCUAAGAUUUGGAUCCACUUUUGCCAUCAUAUAUUCGACAAUUUUGUUAAUAA